AUGCGCAGGCCCCCUGACGUCUGCCCGGAGCCGCUUCUUUAUCGUCAACCCCAUUCAGUUUUUGAGAAUAGAAUUGUUAUUUGCGUCCAUCUGAAGUAUUUUGUUGUGCAGGUACCGCUGUCUACCCAUUUUAUCAUUAUCCACGAGCGUCCACUAUCCUAUAUCCUCCUCUCCCCACCACCUAAUAGAACACCUCCGAUUCCUCUCUUCGUAUUGCCCUGA